UGUUUCUGGCAGUAGCCGCUGCACUAUGACGUAGUUCACACCCUGCUCGCUAGGUGUCAGUAAACGAAGGCGACAGCGGUCAACAACGUCGCGAAGAAGAAUACGGCCUAGUUCUAGAAACAUGCCGAGAUAUCUAACAGAGAGAUAAUUUUUUAAUAACAAACACAAUUGUUGCUUUGUGGCAAAAAUGCCUCGCUAUGCUCAGAUUGUUAUGGGACCUGCUGGUAGCGGAAAGAGCACCUAUUGCGCGACAAUGAUCGAGCAUUUCGAGUCUUUGAACCGCUCGGUUCAAGUGGUCAAUCUGGACCCUGCAGCUGAGCAUUUUGAGUACCCUGUUAUGGCAGACAUCCGGGAACUCAUCCAGGUGGACGACGUGAUGGAGGAUGACUCUCUCCGGUUUGGCCCCAAUGGUGGCCUUGUCUUCUGCAUGGAAUACUUUGCCAACAACUUUGACUGGCUAGAAGAAAGCUUGGGUCACGUUGAGGACGACUACAUCCUGUUUGACUGUCCAGGUCAGAUUGAACUGUAUACUCACCUUCCUGUCAUGAGGCAGCUGGUGGAUCAGCUCCAGCAGUGGGAGUUUCGGGUGUGCGGCGUCUUCCUGGUUGACUCCCAGUUCAUGGUGGAGUCUUUUAAGUUUGUUUCAGGAGUCAUGGCGGCGCUUAGUGCCAUGGUGUCGUUGGAGAUCCCCCAAAUAAACAUCAUGACAAAAAUGGAUCUGCUCAGCGCCAAAGCCAAGAAAGAAAUUGAAAAGUACCUUGAUCCAGAUAUGUACUCCAUGAUGGGAGACAACUCUGACACCUUAAGAAGCAAAAAGUUCAAGAAGCUGACCAAAGCUAUCUGUGAACUGAUUGAUGACUACAGUAUGGUAAGAUUUUUGCCUUUUGACCGCACUGAUGAGGAAGGUAUGAGCAUUGUUCAGCAGAACAUUGACUUCUCCAUACAGUACGGUGAGGACCUGGAGGUCAAGGAGCCAAAGGAGGUUGAUGAAGAGGCAGAUAACACAAAUUAUGAUGAGUUUUUUCAAAGCAAUGUGGACAGCUGAGAAAUGUCAUUUUAAAGACAUUGGAUGUACAGAUGUAAAUACAGAAGAACCAGGAAGUGACCAAGUCAUGCUUUUGUCAUAAUUGUUUGUUAUGAUAAAUCAGUCCCUUCAGGAUUUCGCAAUAUAGGCCAAUCAUUGAAAUGAUGCACAUCGGCACAACCUUUCCCGCACCUUACCCAUACAUUUUGGCCAAUUUGUCUCUGAGUGGCGCUCAAAGAUGCUAGACAAUUGUCAAUUUAAAACUUAUGUCAGUUUCUUGUGUAGACAAAGCGGGAACAUUAACGUGUAACAAUAUAUCAACUAUUUAUUGCUCAAAUAAUUGUCGUCCUCCCACCGAGGCCAGACCUACCUCUGGUCUCUGUCAACAGUGCUAAGCCUUCUGGGUAAUGUGGUAUACAAACGUUUACUUAAACAUAUUUAUAUAGUCAUUUAAGUUAUAUUUACCCAAGGUAAGACAAUUAAGAACAUAUUUUCAUUUGCAAUGCUGACCUAGCAAAGAGGCAGCAUUUGCAUGUAAGAGUUAUGACGUAUGAUGAUAAUUUAGCAUCAUCUCUUAUUUACCAACAAAAAUGACCACUAUAGAUUGCCCUCAACAGUUCACAAAUGCUCUUAAGGUGUUGGGGUUAAUGUGUUGGAACAUAAAAAAUGUUGAAGAUGGACAAACCCUUUUCAAACGUAAAAUACACACGGAGAAUGUCAGCAGCGACUUGUGGAUGACGAAUUAGACACCGGACAAUAAGGAAGCCUUUGGUGUUUCUUUCUCUAACUAUAAUCAUUAUUAGUUGUAAUUAACUUAAACAAUACAGUCAUUUGAUGAUGGGCUCUAAAAGUAUGUACUUUUACUGACAUCUACUGUCUACUUUUACUUGUAAAACAAGACAUUUUUUGUUGAACUCCUGUGCCUCUUCAGAUUAAAGUUUCAAGGAACACUUAAAACAUUGAUAAAUAAAUAAAUGAUAAAUGGGUUGUACUUGUAUAGCGCUUUUCUACCUUCAAGGUACUCAAAGCGCUUUGACACUACUUCCACAUUUACCCAUUCACACACACUGAUGGAGGGAGCUGCCAUGCAAGGCGCUAACCAGCACCCAUCAGGAGCAAGGGUGAAGUGUCUUGCUCAGGACACAACGGACAUGACGAGGUUGGUACUAGGUGGGGAUUGAACCAGGGACAAAAUCAUAAAAUCACGGGUUCAAUCAAUUUUGGUGUUAAAAAAAACCUUAAAGUAUUGCAACCUUUGCCUCCAAUUCCUGAAAAAGCUGUCACAGAUUCAUGAUGUUUAGGCCGCCACAAUCACAAAAAAGCCUGCAAACUCCUGGAGGGACUGACAUAUUUGAAGUGACAGAAUCACAUUAUUUUGUUUAAACAUGACCUACAUGUACAUCUAAUGUAUUACUAUAAUGAUAAUCAGAGGCAUAGUAACGUUUUUCAUGUGGACGGAUGUUUUGUUAAGAAAUACCUUGUAAAUGCUUUAUUU